UUAUUUUCUUUGGGUUGAUUUAAAUACUUGAGCAAAGUAUGAUAAAGAAGAGUAUUUACCUUUACAACUAUUUUCAAAAUGGCAAAACAGCUUCAUGUUGAAGGAUAUAAUGCAUACAAAGCAGCUGAAGAUGAGAAUAAGGACAAGACUUUAUUUGCGCUCUUUUCAGGCUCAGCAGGUGCCGAUGGUAGCAGCUGGUGUCCGGAUUGUGUUGAAGCUGAUCCUGUGAUAAAUUCCAGUCUAUCCAAGCUUCCAAAAGAUGCCAUUUUCAUACAUUGUGGUGUCGGAGACAGGACAUACUGGAAGGACCAGAACAAUGCCUUCAGAAAGGACCCAACACUUAAACUGACUGCAGUACCCACUCUGCUCAAAGUUGGACAUUCACAGCGCCUUGUGGAGGAGCAGUGUGCAAACAGUGAUUUAGUUGAAAUGCUGUUCACAGACGAUUAAUUCUUCUUUUGUUUCAAUAUCAAUAAAUAAUAUAAAAAUGAA